AUGGCACUUCCACCGACAUUGCAGGUCCACUCGCACUUCCAACCCGAAGAAGCUGCUCAUGUCGCAACGGAAUUAGUAUCUAGUCUCGACAACUUACCUGGAGAAGUGGUUUUCUUACUGGAAGAAAUCAGAGAGAAGGAUGUGAGGAUCAAUCAACUAAUCCAACGAAUCAACACCCGUCAUAUCGGUCUUACCAAAACCGCCAAAUCCCUAUCCACCCUACCCCCUUCCACCGCUACAUUCCCUCUUCCCAUACCGCCCGGUAGCCCUUUACCUACUUCGCAUCUAUCGCAGAAGGACGCCCAGAAUUUGACCAAGAUCCAAGCGGAAUGGGUGAAAGUGGAAAUCCUCCAAGAUGAGAAGCUCAAAUUGGCAGAGAGGAUGGAAAGGAUCGUUAAUCGCGCGAGACAACGAGCUAAUCAUGAAUGGAUUAAGGUGGGUGGUAAGGAGAUAGUCACGGAUGAUGGUAUCUCGGUAGAUGGUGAUAGUAAAGUUGGAAUUAUGGGUGAGAUGGGUGGAAGUGAUUUGAUAUUGCCUUCGACGGGAUUGGGGACGGGUGUAGAUGGAAGACCUCAGAAGAAACGCAAACCCAACACAAUGUUCCUCCCUUCGCCAUCCGCCUCCUCCUCGAUGCCCCCUCCACCUGCACCCGUCCGAUCCCACUCUUCCUCCAAUCGCCCUUCGACUUCCACCUCGCAUCGCCAUCCAAUUUCGCGCCAUCAUUCCUCUGUCGCUGCACUCUCCGAUCCAGAUUUAGAUGCAGAUGGGGAGAACGAAGAUAUCGACGUGGAUGCGGAGGGAGAGGUCGAUACGGCAGGAGAGACAGAAACGGAUGAUACGCUCUAUUGUAUAUGUCAGCAGAAGAGUUAUGGAGAGAUGAUUGGUUGUGAUAAUGAUAGUUGUCAAUAUGAAUGGUUCCACGUCAAAUGCGUCAACAUGUCUGCGGGUCAUUUACCUGAAACUUGGUAUUGUCCAGAUUGCGUCAAGAAAUUAGGCCUGUUAAGUAGUGAUGGGAAGAUGCCCGGGACGAAUAGGAAGAAUAGGAAGAAGUAG